AUGUCGCCGGUACCACCGAUACCAACUUCGCUCGAAGACGUCAGGAUUAAACUCCUCCCCGCGAAUGGCUACUAUAUCGCAGACUUUAUCAGUCUAGAGGAGGAGGAAGGUCUCUUGAACAAGAUCGAGGCAGCUCCAAAACCUCGCUGGAAGCAACUUGCCCACCGUCGUCUCCAGACAUGGCCAUCGGACUUGACCCGGGAUACGCUGCUCCAAUGCCUCCUCCCGAAAUGGCUUGUCGAGCCUAUUGCCACGCGACUUCUUGCUUGUCCAGCGUCCACUGCUGAUCCACAGAGUCACAUUUUCUCGACUAGUCCUCAUGCCGCCCCAAAUCAUGUUCUUAUAAACCAGUACCAACCUGGGGAAGGCAUCAUGCCUCAUAAGGACGGUGCUGCAUACCAUCCCGUAGUAUGUACUGUCAGCUUGGGCUCGAGUUUAGUACUAGAUGUAUACGGUACGAACGAAGACGGAACCAGAGAAACGGAGCCAAGAUUUAGGAUCCUCCAGGAACCUCGAAGUCUACUGAUCACCACCGGCGAGUUAUAUACUGAUUAUCUGCACGGCAUUGCAGAAGUUCAUGAGGAUGUUAAUCUCGGCCCAGAUACGGUAUCGAACUGGGAUCUACUUCGAUCACCAGAAUUGAUUGUGGACGGGAAGCUCCAGCGCUCCACGCGCACAAGCCUCACGUAUCGUGAUGUCAAGAAAGUUGUCAAGCUAGGUGGCAAAUUUGCAAUAUUUGGCAAGAGUUGA